AUGCUAUCCAGAGUGGAAAUAGAAACAAAAGACGGGCAUUCCCUGCUUUCGUACACUGCGCCAAACCAGUUCUAUGAGCUAAAAAAAGCCCCAAUUUUUUCGCAUUCCCAGAAGUUUGGCUCUCUUGUUUUUAAAGGCGUGUUUCUCAACUCAGAGGACCAGCUUAUUGCCAAGCACAUCCUCCGCUCAAUGGUGGCCGACCUGUCUGUUGAGUCGGAAGACAUCAUUCUUAAAAAGCACGCCACAAUAUACGCCUACAUCGACAACUAUCUGUCUUCCAGAAACCUGGCGUUUCCGAUUCCUCGGAGGAGAGUUGCAUGCUCUGCGCCCUCUGUCUCAGCGCUGACCCCGAAGAAAAAGGUCUUUGUCGAGGUGACAGACAAGGUUUUUUUGCGGCUCUCGCAUGGAAGAACAAUCAGCACGUGCUACGGGCAAAUUUCCACACGGCCCUCUGACGACGUGGGGCAAAUGUCUCUGAAAAUAGACUCAAGGUCCCUGUGCGGCCUCAAAAACAUACAGUAUGACUCUUCUGUGUGCAGACACAGAGAGGGCGUCACCACGCUGCUCACGUGCCCCUCAAAAGAGGCCGCUCUCAUGACGUACACUUACUCCGGAAGCAUUUCUGACCUUCCCUUGGCAAAGGCCAUCCUGGUGGACACCAAGACAAUAGAAAUACUCCUCUGCUUCACCGCGGAAAAAUACCCAGACUCGUUUAGCACAUCUCUCUCGUUCGACUAUCCUGUGGGAAGCAUCAGCGUGGAGUGCAAGGAGGGAACAUACGACUACAACAGCAGCAGCAGAACCCUUGUGUGGAAGCUGGGGGAGGUAUCCGGGAACGUGUCGCUAACAGUGCACACGGCAAACCCGCACCGCUCAAGCGCGCUGGUCAAGUAUGCAUGCGUGUAUGAAAAGACCGCCAUCUCCAGCGUCAUCGUAAAGAGUCUUGCGUCUGACGCGGAUGAAAACUGGAUAAAGCACAGCACGCAGGUGUCUGGGCUUAUGCGCCUGCAUGGGUAA